AUGCCUCCAGAAAUGGCAGUGUCGAUGCGCCGGACGAAGAUGAAGGCGGAGGAGGUGGCGCUCAUCGCCGGCGAGAUCACUAAGCCCUCGUGGGAGUCGAGGAACGAGGGCAUCCACGAGAGAGUCAGCUUCGAGGACACCAUCUGGGGCUUCGACCUCGCCGGCGGCUCAUAUUACAAAACUCCGUUAAGAGUUACAUUUGUGAAGCCCGGCAGCAGGGCGGAGAGGGCUGGCAUAAGGCCUGGGGACAGACUGCUGCGCAUCAACGGCGUAGACACCUCCACCCUCACCAUCCAGGAGGCGCACGAUAUCAUCGUCAAGGCCGGCCUGUAUCUCCAUCUUAACGUUACUUCACCUGACGACAGAAGUGAUGCCUACUACUGCUACGAAGAUCCUAUUAUCGAUGAGUAUGAAGCCGAGCAGGAGCGGCUCCGGGCGGAGGAGGCGGCGCGUCGGCGGCAAGUGCACGCCAAAGUUAGCUCAUACUGGAGUCUUCAGUGGCCCUGGGUCAGUAAAAGAAGGAUAAUAUGGAGGGAAUCCAACUGUUUCAUGGUGCCCAGCAAAUAUGAGGAAAAGCACAAGGACAAAUUCUUAUCCCGCGAAGCAACAAGAAGAGAAGACGACAUCGUACUAGAUCGCGUGAAGAAACCCUCAGACCGAGCUACGCCUCCGAAAUUUGUCAGAAGUAAAUCGUAUGAGUGCACAAUUGAGGAUAAUGCACUUGAAGAAAUGGAUGACGAAUCUAAAAUAAAUGGUCAAGAAAAUGGAAACGAAGAGAAAUCAUUGCAAAACGGUGAAGUUAAUGACAUCGAUGAUAGCGAUAUUGAAGAAAACUCUGUGAUAGAGAAUUAUGAAGUAGACCACAUUGACAAUGAAGUUGACGAUAAUAAUAAUGUUGUGGAAACAAAAGAGAAAGAUCCUACUGAUUCCGAAGUAAAUAUAGAAGAAAUUAACGAAGAAGAAGAAAACGUGGAACAAGACGCAGAAAAUAAAACAGAAAUACAAAAUGUUGAAAAUAUUGAAGAAUCAAAUGAUAUUAAAGAAAAUGGCGAUAUUGUCAAUGUACAUGGAAAUGACGAGAUUUUAGAAGAAAUCCUGAAAGCGGAUAAUGAU